AUGAUGCGACUGUUUCGCACGACCGAUACAACAAAGCACUGUGGAGUGAACACAAAGAUAGCAUGUAUCGUGCUGGGCAUUUUGGUGACUGCAAUGGAGAUAUAUACCUACAUAUUUCUGCCUAUAAUCCCCGGUUUGAUACUGUGUGGAAUUGCUACGUUUCUAUUUUUCGUACUUCUGGUAGCUUGCGUGAAGAUGCUGCCAUCACUUCUUGUUGUCUUCAUGAUUCUUAACAUGCUCAUGAAAAUACCCAUUCUUGUCGUGGUAUAUUUCAUAACCUACACCUUAGCUUCUUAUGGUGGCUACUAUCUAUUUUGCAAUGACUACCAGUGCUCUUUGUAUCACUUAUCUACGGGUCUUCUUUGGUCUGGCCUAAUCGUUGCUUUUAUCAGCUGCAUACUCGACGGAGUGCUGACUGCAGGUGUUCGCAAACUUCGACUGCUGAGUCAAGGCGUUAGAAGUGUUAUGUUAGCCCAAGAAACGCACCACCACUGUCAUCCGCGAACGGUGGUUGUGGCGUCUGCACCUCAGCCGAUUGUCUACACCACAACCGCCGCGGGAGCUGGUUAUUCAGCCGCUGUCGUCUACUCGAACUCUGCUCCACCUGGACAGCAGUACGUAUACAGCGCACAACACUAUUCCGGAGCUCAGCCAUAUCCCAACCUCCAAGCGCCGACGAUUCCGCAGUCAGUGAAUCCAUCUGCACCCCAGACACCUUCCGAAUACAAACCAUGA